CCACUGAUUCCACUAUUCCCAUUUAUAUGUGACCUUAUAACUUCCCAGGAGAUAUACUCUAGUUUCGUCCUUCAUAACCGUAUGUGAUACAUAGUAAGAGGGGAAGUUUCCAUAGGUGAGGUCUCUAUUCCGUUGCGCUGGUGGUCUAAACGUGAACAGCUGUGUUUGCGCAUCGUCUCCUUGCGGUUGGGUGGUAAGUUUUUGUUGUUUCAAUAGGAACCUUCAUAUGGCACAUGUGGUUGUUCGUACUUCGUCUUGUCAACGACCACUCAAACCACACCAUACAGCCAAACGAGUUGUACAUAUGCGCUGUUGUAACCGUGUAUGGCGGACCGUAGUUUCUACGGUUAAACUUUUAAAGUUUAAAAUUUUACCUUUAGUGGAACUAAAUUUUCUUGGGAGAAAAUAAUUUUAACAUUUAUAUCAUAGUUACUUUUUUUCUUUAUUUUAUCAUAGAUUCUAAAGAUAACAGUGAUGUUAUCUUAAUGUUAAUGUUUUUACGCAAGCUCGAAAAUGAAAAGUUUGGUUGUCAUGGCGACAUCGAGUUAGCUAUACUCUACAUGCAAAACAAUUUGUUGGUGGUUUUGCGAUUGGCAAAAUUACCAGGCGAUGAACCAUUACAAGAACGAUUCUAUCGCUGGAUUAAGGAUCCAUUUCCCUUAACUUCAGAGGACGAAUUAUCGACUUGGGAUUCGUCGAUGCAGGAAGUGGUAGAUGUCGUGCAGCGAUUCGCUCAGGUGAUUGCGGAAAAGAUAGAAAAGGGACAGACAGUGGACGGAUGUCAAAGUAGAUUGACGCGGCUCCGGGAAGAGCGACUCCGCAUGGAGAACCGAUUGCGCCAGCUGAAGAUAAAUGGUGAAAAAGAAGAAACAUCGCAAAAAUCUCUGUGGAAAUCUCGUCUUGAUCUUAUUCAAGAUCUCAAAAUCCGUUUAAAAGAAACCGACGAACGGACUACAAGUUGUCUUCGCUUGGCAAAAGAAUGCGGAGAAGUAGCCAGAAAGGAAUGGGAAACCAACAAUCAGAAACCACUAAAGGAGCAACAACUUCACUGUGACCUUUUGGGUUCUCAACUUGCCAACCUUGUGAAAGAAAACUAUAUUACUGAAAAUCAGUUGAAGAAAUGCUGCGAGGAACGAAAGAAAGAAAUCGAGUCGGUUACGUUGAAAAUGAACAAGGAUAUUUGCCAACGCCGUAAGGAAGUGAACGAUUUGAAACGAGAAGUUUCUGCCGACAAGAAACAACUUGAAGAAUUAGAGAAAGAGUUGGCUGCCGUGACGAUAGACUACGACGCAAUCAUCGAAGAACAACAGAAGCAAGCUGACGAAGCGCUUAGACAACUAGCAGAAGAACAGUUGCGUGAAAAAGCCGCUAUUAAAAUCCAACGGUGGUAUCGUUUCAUUCUCUUUAGAACAAUAAGAGCGCGUAGAAGGCGAAAGAAGACAAAGCGUAAGGUUUCCAAAGAAGUCAGGAGACCUCCAGUGGAUAGAAACAAGACGUCAGUUCCCGAUGAAGUUCGUCCAGAUAGUCAAUAUGAAAGAGAUGCUUCCGGCGAGCCAGUGACUGUUCUUGACGUGCUAGUGGCGCGGAAAUCCGCCUUAUUACGUAAUAGGCAUUUGGUCUCCUCUGACCAUAGCGACAUAAACAUAGAAGAAUCUCAUUCAGAAUUUGAAAAUAAUAAAGCUAAAGCUCCUUCCAAAGGUAAAAGUAAAAAGUCCUCUUCCGCAAUUCGUUCCAUUACAGUUAAAAAGGGAGCUAAUCCAGGAGAGAAAGAAACUAAACCUAAACCGAUCACUAGUCUGAACCGAUCUUCACAGACGGAUAAUCGCGUACCCAAGUCUAAGAAAGUUUUUUGAUAGUUGCUAACUAAAUAAAAAUAAAAUCGGGAGGGAUCACUGAGACUCGAUCGUAUUCUUUUUAAGAAAUCCGUGUUUCCUCUCUUUGCCAUAGACAACCAAUAAAGUAACAAAAACGUACAUUCUAGCCUAUUUUCCCUCCAUAAAUGCCUAUAUCUUGUUUGCGUUUUAUGUUUUUGGACACUGCAUGGAAUCGACGCCUCGAUAGUGUGAUCGUCUGAGUGCGUGUCUUGACAUUGUUUCAGUGACUAUAUAGUCCACCCUAAUAUUCUUUUGCUUACUGCAUGUCAAUUCUGCGGAUACUGCAUAAAACAAUAAAACAAUGAACUUUAUACAUCA